CUUCUGUUUCAAAAUCUUUGUUAGUGUGGAGGUUGCUGCUACUAAACUCAGUUUCAUAGUUAAAGAGAAGUUAUCACAGAGUUACAAUGGUUCCGAAUAAGCCAUGCCAUCUAUUGAAUACAACAGUAGUUACUGUUGAUGUUUUCAAUUUCAGAGAACUUGAAACCUUCUGCUUCAUAGUCUCCAUCUCCAUCUGUGAGGUUAUCUAUGCAUAUGGAUUCCAUGGAAUGGGAGAGAAGGCAAUGGAGCUAUUCAAGGAAAUGAGUAGUGGUAACUCAGUGAUGGAACAAAACAAGAGCACUUUCAUAAGCCCAUUGUCAGCUUGUAGCCACUCUGGGUUUAUAAAUGAAGGGAAGCUGAAAGAAGCUUAUAAGUUCAUCACAGGGAUUGGUGAGCCACAAAAAGCAGGUGUGUGGGGAGCUUUGUUGAGCGCUUGUAACUAUCAUGGGGACACAAAGUUGGGAAAAGAAUUUGCAGAAGUUUUGUUUGAAAUGGAACCACACAAUGCAUCUUAUUACAUCUCGUUGGCGAAUACUUAUGUUGGGUUGGGAGGUUGGGAUGAAGCUGUACGGCUACGGAAGAUGGUGGAGGAUAAUUCAGUGAAGAAGCUUCCUGGUUACAGUGUUAGUGUUGGAUAGUGCUUCUUGAAGAUUUCCUAUAUCAGUUAUUAGUUUAGAGAGGCUGUGUAAGAAUCAAGAAAAUAAUAUAACAAUAAUAGAUUC